AGAGCGCCAGGCAGCUGGAGUUUUUGCAGCGCUUGGCCGGGCUUCAAUGCACAGCAGCAGCGAGCCGCGGCGGCAGCAGGCAGCCCGGGAGCUCCGGCGGCGGCCGAGCCAGCGGCGGCCCCGCUCCCUGCCCCCUGCAAACUUUGCGAGCAGCACGCCCGGGGGGCCGGGGGCGCGCCCGGGAGGCCCGGCUCCGCCCGCGGCCGCGCUCUCCGCCGCCGCAGCGCCAGGCGCCGCCGCCGCCACCGCCGCAGCCCCGCGCCUCCCCGGGGAGCAGCCGGCGGCUCCCGCGGCCCCCCAGCCCCGGGCCCUCUGCACCGCCCGGCCGGUCCCCCGGCGGGGGCGGGGGCGGGGGCGGCAGCGGCGCGGCCGGUCGCGGACUGCCGGGGGGCGGCCGCCGCUGCCCAGGGAGGCGCGCAGAGGCGCCGAGAGCGCUCCCCGGCGGGUCCCCCGCGCACUCGCCGCGCCCGGGCAGCGGCCCGACCGGGCGAGCAUGGGCGGCGCGGAGUGACGCCGCCGUGCCCGCUUGGCAUCAAGGACAUUCAGCCCGCGGGGGUGGGGACGAAGGGGGGCAGCCCCGCGUCGCCACCGCAGCCCCAGAGAGCCGCCGCCGCAGCCGCCGCCGCCGCUCCGGCUCCGGGCUAGGUGGAAGAAAGGGGUGCUUGGAUUCGAUCCACAUUCUCCGACCUUUUUGUUGGACAUUCCGCCCACCUCGGACGCCGCCGGAGGAGCUGUCAAGCCCCGCAGGCUGUGAUUUCGCCCUGCGUUUCCCUUGCCUCCUCCCGGGUUCCCGGUGCCUCGGCGGAGUAUUUGCGUUCGGGGCUGGGGCUGGAGGAGGCAGCCACACGCGCGCACACGCACACGUUCAGAGGAGGACGAGAGGCAGCGGCACAGGCACCAUCUGCAGUGUCAAUGCGGCGCUCCCGCUGAAGGAGGCAAGAGCGGCGCUUCCAGGAGCCUCCACUCCAGAGUCCUGGCCCUCCGAGGAGGCCCCUGUGCCAAGCGCUACCGUGCCGCGAGGACCCGUUUCUGAAAUGAAAGCCAUGCCGUGGAAUUGGACUUGCCUGCUCUCCCAUCUCCUGAUGGUGGGGAUGGGCUCCUCCACUCUGCUCCCCCGGCAGCCACCCCCGGUGUCCCAGAAGCGGUCUUUUGUUACGUUCCGCGGGGAGCCAGCUGAGGGUUUUAAUCACUUGGUGGUGGACGAGAGGACAGGGCACAUUUAUUUGGGGGCCGUCAACCGGAUCUACAAGCUCUCCAGUGACCUGAAGGUCUUGGUGACCCACCAGACAGGGCCGGACGAGGACAACCCCAAGUGUUACCCACCCCGCAUCGUCCAGACGUGCAACGAGCCCCUGACCACCACCAACAAUGUCAACAAGAUGCUCCUGAUAGACUACAAGGAGAACAGGCUGAUUGCCUGUGGGAGCCUGUAUCAAGGCAUCUGCAAGCUUCUCAGGCUGGAGGACCUCUUCAAGCUGGGGGAGCCUUUUCACAAAAAGGAACACUACCUGUCUGGAGUCAACGAGAGCGGCUCUGUCUUUGGAGUGAUCGUCUCCUACAGCAACCUAGAUGACAAGCUCUUCAUCGCCACAGCAGUGGAUGGGAAGCCAGAGUACUUCCCUACCAUCUCUAGCCGGAAGCUGACCAAGAACUCAGAGGCGGACGGCAUGUUCGCUUACGUCUUCCACGAUGAGUUUGUGGCCUCGAUGAUUAAGAUCCCUUCAGACACCUUCACUGUCAUCCCUGACUUUGAUAUCUACUAUGUCUAUGGCUUCAGCAGUGGCAAUUUUGUCUACUUUUUGACGCUUCAGCCUGAGAUGGUGUCUCCACCAGGCUCCACCACAAAGGAGCAGGUCUAUACAUCGAAGCUUGUGAGGCUUUGCAAGGAGGACACCGCCUUCAACUCCUACGUGGAGGUGCCCAUUGGCUGUGAGCGCGGCGGGGUGGAGUACCGCUUGCUGCAGGCCGCCUACCUGUCCAAAGCCGGGGCUGUGCUCGCCCGGACCCUCGGAGUCCGUCCGGAGGACGACCUCCUGUUCACUGUCUUCUCCAAGGGCCAGAAACGGAAAAUGAAAUCCCUGGAUGAGUCGGCCCUGUGCAUCUUCAUCUUGAAGCAGAUCAACGAUCGCAUUAAGGAGCGACUGCAGUCCUGCUACCGGGGCGAGGGCACGCUGGACCUGGCCUGGCUUAAGGUGAAGGACAUUCCCUGCAGCAGUGCGCUCUUAACCAUUGAUGAUAAUUUCUGUGGCCUGGAUAUGAAUGCCCCCCUGGGCGUGUCUGAGAUGGUGCGUGGCAUUCCCGUCUUCACGGAGGACAGGGACCGCAUGACUUCUGUCAUUGCCUACGUCUACAAGAAUCACUCUCUGGCCUUCGUGGGCACCAAAAGUGGCAAGCUGAAGAAGGAGCAGAGCUGGGACCAUGAAGAACAGGAUGUAAUUUCCCUGGGCGCUGGUUUCCCUGAAGUGGAUCAACUGUGGAUUGAAGUGGAUCAGAAACACUGAUCAGGCAGAAGUUUCGGAGAGAUGGCUCCUCCUAGCUUCUAAACCCCAUUGAAUGUGAACCUGGCAACAAUUCUUGGCCUGGAUGGACUUUGGGUUGCCCUUAUUUGUGGGUGCUCCAGGUGCAAGAUUGAACACUGUCAGGGAUCAAGUUGCCAGGUUAACUAAGACUCGCAGUAUCAAAACAUAUGGCUCCAAAUAAGGGGCCAGAAGCCUGGGAAACUGUGGAGAAGGAAAACAGUCAACUGGACCAAGUGGGAAUGAGGUAGAGAGCCAUAAGCACAAGCCCAGGUGAAGUUCUAAGGUCAAGCUUAUGCCUGAGUAUCUAUCCAUCUGGCAGCUGAUUUUCAGCUCAUUGGAAAAAAGGGAUUUGUAAAGCUUGACCUCUGGUAAUAAGCCAGUGGUCUGCCACCAAUUCAAUUCCAUUUAAAGCAAUUCAAUGAGCAAACCAAAUAUUUGUGAAUUACCUUUUGUGUCUUCAGUACCUUACCAGGUACUAGCAAAGAUGUCUAAGAAAUAAAAGGCAUUAUCUCUGCUUUGAUGAGCUCAUCAGUUAGCUGGAGAGAAUAAAUGUGUAUAGAAGGAAUAGCUAGAGAGAACCAUGGCUGGGCUAUGUGUAAAUGUGCAUCAAGAAUUCAGUGUCUGGUUAAGAGUUCUUCGCUAUUCUUAUACCUCCAGUUCACGGCUUCUAAGAAAUGAUAGCAUCCAGAGUCCCUUGUGUCUCUUCACCUUUUUCCAUUCCAGGCCUGAAAACACGACCCGUGAUUGUUUUCCUCGGGGGAUAAAUAACAUAUAGGUGCUGAGGGAAUGAGGUUGUGCCUGAUUAGGAGAUGAGGAGGUGUGGCUGUUCGAUUAGAGGUUGCUCUUUCCAAGAGAUCAAAGAAUGUGGUUUCCUUGACUUCCCUCCAUCUCUUCCACCUUGCCCAUCCUUCCUAUGCCUUCUGCCUCUGUCUAAGCUGACCAUAUGACUGGCCACCCUCUUCAGUAAACCCCUCGUUCUCCAGAGGGGGGAAAAAAAGCCCUGACCUAUAGCAUAUGCCAAUCUCUGUGGUGUAAAUAGUCCCAUUGUGGUGAGCUCACGCUGAUUUAACAACCAGAUCACAAAAUUCCUAGAAAUGUAAUAAUUAGCUGUCCUGAGCUGGCAACAAGCUGGCUGCAGCCCACCACUAUUGACUCCAGAUCACCCUGUUGACCUGAACAUCACUGACCACUUCAUGGAGCACUGGGUCCAGAUCUUACUGGAAGAGUAGUGGCUUCCAUAAAAUAUGAGCUUAAGCACUCACUGGGAAGUCUCCAGUGGGAAUAUGAAGUUCAGGGAAGAAAAUGUAGCUCCAUUUAGUACCUCAUAAUCCAACAUAAUUAUCAGAGACAGAAACCGAACAUUGAGAGAGAGGGAUUGGGAGGGGGGGGGGCUGUGUGCUUGUUUGGGUUCUUAAACUUAGGAGAAAAGCCUAUCUUUUCGAAAUAUGCUGUGUGACCUGGACAGAAAAACUGGUUUAGAUGACCUCUGAGGAUUAUUAGAAAACUUUUUUAUUAGAAAACUUUCUAUUUUUAGAAAACUGAUAAUUAUGUGAAGUCUUCUGAUGAAUUAGGGAUUAGGGCCCCUCUGUUUGUAAGAUGGUAGCCUGGUCACCUUCCAGUCUCUUUCACUGAGCCCAUCUUCCUCAUACCUUCCAGUCUAUUUUGCUGCAGGGUAAUCCCCUUCCUCGUCCACAAGAAGUCAAAUUACCCCUAGUCCCACUUCACAGGGCUACCUAUUUCCUCCAGUUUCCCCUUCCCUCCCCUCCAAGUUGAGAGCCCUGAAGGAUUGAGGAGAGCCCACCCAUCAACUGGAUAACAGGGACUGAGUCUAGGGGGUUAUGAGCACCUGCAAACAGGGAAAGAGGGGAAGAGUCCAGUUCAGCUUCUCCAGGUGAUGAGCUUUCCCAUCCUGGGCCCCCGUGGGAGCCUGGCCAGCCAGCUGAAGGUCUCUGAGGGGAAAUCAACCAGAAAUGUCAGUCAGGCAGUGGAGCGGGACCAGAAAAAUCAAUGCUGAAUUCCAGAUGCCAGGAGGGCAGGGGAGGGAGGAUGGAAGGAUGAAAUGAGAGCAUUUGUUUGCAAUUCUAAUAUAACAAAUCAACAGAUCACCAGGCAAAGAUGCCUAAUGAAAAUGCACAUGAUGGACGCGGGUGGGUGGAGAGAGGAAGGGAGGGAAGGAAAGCCCAGGCACAGGCCUACUGAGGAAUUCAGAGGCGUCUGUGUCCACUGUGACCCUGCUACCAAGAGCAAGGGCACCCAGACCAGCUAGCCUGAGGCGGGAGCCCCAAAUCUGCCCCUGACCAUCAUGUGGCCUUGCCCCAGUUACCUUACCUUCCUGCUCCUUCAUUUCCUUCUCUGCAAACGGGGGCCAUUAGGAACACCCACCAGAUAGGGUUUGCAUGAGGAUAAAAUGAGGUAACUGGGAUAGCCAAUGCCUGUUGUAUGGGAACAGCUAUUAUUUAUUUUCCUAUUUAAAACCCUCAUCAGGGUGCCUGGUGCAUAAAGCUAAUGCCCUUCCCCUCCUCGGGGCAAAUUGAAGGCUAAAGAAGAUGGAGAGGUUGGAGCCCAGAUAUCACCAUCCAGGCCACGUCAAGGCCUUCACCAGGUUUCCUCUCUGGGCCCCUCAAAUAAAACCAACAGAUCCAGUCUUCUCUAAUUCUGCUUUCAAAUCACCUUCUAUACAACAUGGGAUAGGUAUUUAAUAGCACAGGGUCUGGAUUUCCUCAUGUGUGACGUCAUGGUAACAGUGCCUAGCUUAGCAGGCUAUUGCAGGGGUGAAACGCAAGGUAUUCUGGGAAGGUUUUUUGUUCUUAGCUCACCUUUACUGGUGUGUAUGAAGUGUAGUCUCUGGUGUGAGUGGGCUAUGUGCACUAUCUCAUUUAACCGUUAACAACCGCAAGGAGUUUGUACUGUUGUUCAUUUAUGACUCGGGGAGAGUUAGUCUGACUAGUUAUGCCCAAGGCCAUACCUGCCCGUCUUAGCCUCAGCCUGGUGGUCGCCCUGCCCUGAGGCCUUCUCUUCCUCCAUCUGAGCUGGUGUGCUUUUCUCAACAUGGCACAGAGCUGAGUUGGACCUAUUAGGGGGAUAGCUCAGUUUUCAGAGCUGGGCGAACAAUCCCCUUCAUCGAGAAGUACCUGUGAGUUUUUCCCCUGUAAUUGUGGCCUUGAUUUUUACCAGCUUAUCAUGUGAGCGUGAGAGACUGUGUCAACCACAUCAGAAGGCAGAAUCUCUGAGGGAGGACAUAAGGAGAGCCCAGCAGGGUUCCCAGUGACAAGGAGAACUUCCUGACAUUCUUCGGUACCACCCAGAGCACUCCAUCCCGCUGGAGGGGGUGGACAGAAUCUCUGAGGAGAUCCACAGAAAUUUGUUUUCAUGCUUCUCUCUUUCUUUCCUUAUAGACAGAAAAGUGAGGUACUUAAAUGGUCUGACCAUGAAAUUGGGCAAGAUUUUCCAAACCGUAUACUUGCCCUCUUUUCACAACCGGGCACAUUUGAAAGCAUUUUGGGUGUGAAAGAUACCAUUAUCUACCCAGGAGUGAGUAUCACAGUUUUGUAGGGGUGAUGUGUGCUAUAGAAUAAAAGUUUGUGUCCCCCCUCAAAAUUCAUAAGUUGAAAACCAAUCCCUAAUGUGAUGGUAUGUGGACAAGGAGAUUUGGGGGAGGUGAUUAGGUCAUGAGAGUAGAGUGCCCUUAUAAAACAGGCCCCACUGAGCUCUCUGGCCCCUUCUGCCUUAUGAGGACGAAGCACGGAGAGGGCUGUCUAUGACCUAGGAAGUGGGCUCUCACCAGUGAAUCUGCCGACACCUUGACCUUGGACUUCUCAGCCUCCAGAACUGUGAGAGGGAAAGUUCUAUUGUUUAUGAGCCAUUCAUUCUAUGGUAUUUUGUUAUAGUAGCCCAAAUGGACUAAGAAUGCAAUAAUUGCUGAUUCGUCCCAUGGAGAUAGGUCAUUUGUAUACUUUCACCCAUGGCAAUACAACUAGACGUGUCUGUGUAUCUGUGACGUGUGUUCCUUGGACAUGCCCCACAGGGGCUCUGUUGAGGGCAAAUGAGUGGAUACUGAGGCAGGCUUGCCCACUCAACUAUUGUGAAGAGAGGGCUCCAAAAGCUUAAGAGAGAAAAAUCAGAUGGUUUGGGAUGUGAGUUACUCCAGAAAAAAAAAAAACAAACAAACAAAACUCUUCUCAUCUGCUUCAAUAACAGAAGGAGCAGGGGGCAGAUUUGGAAUAAUCCAAAUUAGAUGUGGCGAGGUGAUUUGGUUGGCCAGAUCGGGAAUUUGAUGAGAACCAAGCUUAAGGAGAAGCCCUUUAAUGGGCCUGAUGGCGCCAGUGUUCACUGUGUGGGAGCAGGGAUGGUGGCUGUCAGAUUCUUCUGCACUUCUAGAAAAAUGGACUCGCAUGAACACUCUACAGGUGGUGGGUAGCACAGCCCUCAAAUGUGGGGAAGGCGGAGAACGUGUGUGGCUUAGUGGACUUGGUGCCUACCCACUGGUAGUCAUACCCUCACUCAAACCUGACCAUCCCUCCCACCCCACACCAGCACAAACCUUCACAAGAUGUGCACCAGGCUGCCUGGGGUUCCUAGAACGUGUAUCCCUUGCCACCUGCCGCUCAGGGUGCUCACAAUGCAGCAUAUGGUCCUCGUUGUCCACAAGGGAGUUAAUUCCUGAAAAUAUAUCUGAGUAAAAGGGCAUUGCUAAGGAGGGUGAGGUAAGUGUUUGGUUCAAUUUCCAAACUGCAGAAGUAAAGUAUGUGUGGGAGAGAAUUUCAAAAUAAAAGUUUCAGGUUCUAGACAAAAAAAAUAAUAACGAGGGCUAAAAUUGAGCAAGAGAAUGCUCUUAAGUUCACCGAAAUGUUUUGGAUCUGGCUCAGUUUGUAAGCAGUGCUUUUGGGGAGAAAGGACCGUGUAAGGGGGGGGUCCCCUGGAAUUCACAGAGGGAAUGUGUGGCCAGUCGAUGCCGGCUUGAGUACACAGAACGAUGAUAAUUGAAUGGGUUCAUGGUCCUCUCUGCUCAUUGAUAGGAUCAGCCUAUUAUUGUGUUUCCUGGAAUGGAAGCACACAUUUUUAAAAAGAAGUGAUGCCAGAUUCGUUUUAAUUUGAGAGAAGUGCCAAUUUAGAAAAUGAAGGGGAACCCUGGAGAUGCUACAUGUUGGUCUUCGGAAAGUUUCUCCGCUGAAUCCUCCAGUGACAAUAUUUUCCCUUCAAUGUAAUGAAGAAAAGAUACAGACGUGAGGUUAAUUAAGAGGGAUGUAUCUAAAGGAAGGCUGAGUAGGGAGCAAUCCAGGGGGACGUGGCCAUGACCACCAGCAGCAGCAUCGUCACCACCCUUGAUUCCUACCGACUGAGCACGUGCAGGGAAACAGAUCAUGGGCCCACUGGCAGCUAGAAAUCGACACUAGAAACAUCGGGCUGAGAGGGCAUGGAAGUCAUAGUCAUGAAGCCAUCAGUCUGUCUUACCAUUCAGAGGGAAAAAAAUAAUAUACAGAGUGUCUGUAGAAUUGGGUCCUGGGAAGAAAAUUGCCCAGCUGAUUUGAACUUCAGGUAGCAAGACUCCUCUUUCUGAAGGCUUGGGACUUGACAAUGUGUUCACAAGCAGCCCAGGAGAUGGGAAUGCUCCCCCAAAGAGAAUAAGGUGUAAAACAGAUGAUGCCACUGAUUGGAUUUGCCUUUGCUGCAGAAAAACAACCACGAGGGGAGGGCUGGCUCUGAGCACCAGUGAAGGAAUAUCUUCCAGUGAGGUAAAGCUUCCUGCUCCUCCACAGAACUUGGGGGUGCUGAGCCCUGAGAGACACCAAAGGUGUGAAAAGCAGCAGAGAGGUCUGCUGUCCUGGUGGUUCUCCUCGGUGACGAAGCCUGGGGUGGGGGCAGGCGGGUAGCCUGUUGCACAGCUGGAACAUCACAGGCUCAGCCGGUUAGAACUAACACUGUUAACAGCCUCUAGGACCCUACUAGCACCACCCUGCCAACAUCAAUCAGCCUCGGGCGUAAUGUAGGGGUUUGACCUCUCGGGGCCAUACCAGACCCAACAAUCUAGAAGCUCAAGCCCACCAGAUCAGGGCGAGAUAAGUCAGAGAGACUCCAAGAAGAAGCCACCCAGAAGAAUCUGGAGCAUUGCUUCUGGUUCCCUGUUGAAUGCCCGUCUUUCAUACUAAUUUCUAAGCUCUGGAUGCCUGGGAUUGUUUUUGUUCCACACAUGGCUGGUGCUUAGCCCAGUGCCUGGAACACAGUGGGUACUUGGUAAGUGCUUAUUAAAUGCAUAAGAUGAGUUUGUAGAGGGAGAUUUCUCUGAGCACCAACAUUUGGGAGGGCAAAGGUCAGAAUCUAAAAUAAAAAUGCAAAAGAACAGGAAUGAUCCCAUGGAGAAGCAGCAGAUUGGAAUCCAGAAAGAAAACGUAGGUGGUGGGGAAGUUGCCCAUUCGCGAAAAGUAAAAAUCUUGAGGCAUUCCCAAGAAGCAAGGGGGUGGAAAGGACAUCUGUUAAAACUUCUGAAAAUGGACUGGGUGCUGGGCGGGGGAGUGCUUCAUUCGAUCUUUCCAGGUUUUUAAGCCCUUUGUUUUCUGUUUCUCUGUUUACUUACACGCAGUCGUACGCACAACUGGCAGGCUCACCUCUCCUGCCGUCAUCUGGGACCUCUGUGGUCCUGGGCCCUGAGAUCCAGGCUGGUGACUCUGAACGUAUUCCUUUCAUCUCCAACUCUUUGCUCCUGACUGAUAACUUCCUCUGCAUUCCUCAGACCUAGAUUUGUCCUCACUUUUGUCCCUGGGUCUCCCAGGACAGCCCUGAAGGUCAAGUGUAACCAUUUGGGGUCUGGGAGCCUCCUUUCACCUCUGACUCUGACAGAGUGGUGACUUGAGGGCAGGAAUGUCACCCUUGAUGCUACUUUGUAAAGCAGUUGGCACUCCUCACCCUGAGGGGCCCUCCAAGCGCAGCCUGGUAAGACCUCCGGCCUCAUUAAGCCGGGUCUACCUUUGGGAACACCAUUCCCUGACAUUCAGCCUUUAUUGGCCUUGGGCAAGUCAUUUGUUGAGAGACCUUUGUUCCCCUGACUGGUGGCCAAGCAAUAGGAUUAUUAUUUGACUGAAUAGGUAUUUUAAAUGUGGUACAGUCAGGAUAUGCAUAUACGUAUAUAUUUAUAAUCAGGAUAAUAUAGGCAGGAUACAUAUCUGUAUAUCUACAUAGAUAUGCUACCGCUCUACAAGCUUGGGAUCCCUGGGCCGUGUCCAGUGCUUCUAAGCCUGGGUUCCUCACUUGGGGCCGUCCAUGGGAGGUAAGAGAUUUCUGUUGUUAUUCUCAGUUCAGUUCAGUGAGCACAUAUGGAGGACACACACUAGACCAGGCACUUUGCUGGGCCCUGCAAACCCAGAAAGGUUUAACUGUGGCCUGAGAAACUUCCAGCCCCACUUAUAGAUCAGUCUUCUAAACCAGUGUAAAGGGAAGCAUCUUGUCUAGGACCUCGUAGCAAGCUCAACGACAAAGCCAUGUUUAGAUAUCCCUUUCAGAAUUUGUAUGUUGUGCGAGGCAGGUGAGAUGCAGUCUCAUGGGGCAAAAGCCAGCUUGGGGGAUUGUCUGUGACUGAUUUGCAAGACAUAGGUUCUAGCUCUGUUUCUGAUGGAAACUCACCACGUGAAUGUGGAUGGGCCAUAAUGUUGUUUACCCUGGAAGGAACCGUGGGCCCCCUAUUGCUGUGAUAGGAUUGAAGAAGGUGAGGUUUUGGUACUCCAAGCCUUAGGUUGCUCCAUAUAUAAAAUAGAAAUAAUAAUGCUUACCUCCUUUACCUUACAUGGAUUUUAAGAAAUAAAACGUGAGAACAGCUGUCAGAAUGUUUUGGAAGAAUCAGCAUAUAGCCAUCUUGAUUCUGCCUCUGGAGGCAAGUGUUGCCCUGCUCACCAGCCUUCUUCGCUCCUCAUUCCCUUCUCUAUUGAGUGCCCAGUGAAACCCUACAGAGCCCAGCAGGGCUGCCUAAAAAGAGAGUCAGAUACAAUUUUAAAAACAUUCUACUUACGGGCAAAAAUCCCAUAGCAGCAGUGAGGCCCUGACCCCUGUAUAGUUGACUCUUUCCACAAACAAGCGCCUGAUAAUCACCCUUCAUGGUGAAAUAUUUGAUUUAUUCUAUGGAGGUUCAUUGAAGGGCCUUUAAAAAAGGAAGCUGUGUAAAAACAUUUGCUAGCAGCUUUAGGGAAAGGGAGGAAGGAGCAGAAAGAAUUACGACCACACAUCCUUGGAAUUGUUAUCAUAUUAAGCCUGUUUCCAUGAGUGGAUGGAUUUUCUGAUGCAGUCGGGUAUCUUGCCUCUGGACAGUGAAAUUGCUAUCCUCUGCCACAGAAUAAAUUACCUGUCAGGCUCUUUUAAGCGGUUUCAGGAUGGUUAGUUUGAAGACAGCAGCACACGCUGGGGAAGGCAGGUGGGUCCAGGGUGGGGAGAGUGUACUUUCAAAAGUUACCGUUUGUGUGUCAUAGUGUUAUUUGCUGUGUCGUGUUGAUCUGGUGUGAUUUGACAGCUGCGUGUGAGAGGCAGCAGCCUCAAAGAAUUGUGAACUGCCCUCCAGGUGUUUAUCUGUGCAACACAUGUCUGUGCAAGGCAGUGGGGAAGGGAAACCGAGCCUCCCUUUUUAAACACAGGAGUCCUGGCAUUUUCCUGCACGAUGAAACUCAGAACUUUCAUGGUUGCCUCAUUGUGGGGAGAUGGGAGGAUGUAACUGAUUCCUAAGAAGUGGCAGCAAUGCACAACCCACACGGACCCAUGCACAUGCACGCACACCCACAUGCACACACACAGAGUAAGGUUUUCCAAUUAGCUAGCCAGAAGCAUAUUAUCCUAAUCCCAUAAAGCUUCAGAAAGCACCACACUACUCGUUCAGCUUUAGGACAUUUUCUGAGGCCAGGAACCAGAUGCUUCUCACCCUGGUAAUCUCCCACUUGGCAGGGCCUGGAGGACCACAGGUAAAAAGGCAUCAGUAUUAAAACAUUUGCUAGUGGCUUUAGAGAAAGGGAAGAGAGACCAGAAAGAAUUACUGCCACAAAUUUUGGUUGAUCACCUACUGAGUUCAGGGCUUGCCCCUUUCACCAGCGGUUUGCCAGUGUUUGGGUUCCAGAAGCUGAGCAGAAAAGGACCCCCUGUCUCCCACAAACACCUCUACCCAACGUGUCACCUAAGGUGAAUAAGGAGUGUAGUCAUGCAUUGGAUAUAUGCAUAAGCAUAGGCUGAUGCAUAUGUAUGUGUAUGUGUAUAGAUAUGUAUGUGUAUAGAUGUGCGUGUGUGUGUGUGUGUGUGUGUGUGUUAUGUAGCUAGCCAAGUAAAUUACUUAUUCAUGUGUUCUAAAGCAUGGAUGGUCACACAUUCUGAGAGACCUAUCUGUAGACAGCCUAUAUGAUCUUCAGAGGCUUCCAGAGAUGACUUCUUUCUAAAGGGCUAGCCUUCAAGAUCGCCGAGCCCGAGCAAGGUGGUCCUGCAUCUGUGGGCCAUGUGUCUGAAGCUCCGGCACCUGCCAGCUGAGCUUCAAGUCACAGGGCAGCUGGAUCUGGCAGAGACUAUUUUCUGCUUCUCAAUUCCCUCCAGGCCAAAGAUAAAACGAAAACUGCAGUUUUGAAUGAUACCUGGGCUGCUGAAUGAACCAGAGACGGUUAACAUUCUUGCCGAUAGUAAAGCACGUUAUACGUGGUAAUAAUUGCAGGUUAUAGCUUGCUGCCUGGAAUGAAGGGUUUAAAAUGGACAUUCCAGUUCAUCUCAACGCCGGUUGAAGAAUUAAUAUGUCCACGUGUUUCAGAGCGUCAUGGCACGUUAAACCUUAGACACCAUCCUGUAAAAGCCUUUCAACGACUUGCUGUCCAGCGGUGGCCAGUUGAUUUGGAACACAGUUUUUGUUUUGAUAUGCUGACAAUCAGUCAUCAGGGAGAUUGGGGAAAAAAACCCCAUUAAACCAAGAAUAGAAUUGUCGAUAUUAAGCACAUCUAAACCUAUGCAGAAUUGUAUUUCUUUAAAGCAUCUAUUAGAUUGUUAGCCAAUGCUGGGCAUUGGGCUAAGGCAGGCUGAUGGUUGGCAAGUGAAAACUAUGGGUUACUGCCAUGGCUUGACAUCAGAGUUUUUCCUUACCAUGACACUGUAUGACACUUCGAAAUAUAUGUUGGACUAAUGUUGAGGUUGUCUGACUACAGGUAUCAUUCUAUGCUAAUACUCAUUGUGUGGUCAUGAAGUGGGCAUUUGCAUGUUUGCCUGGGAAACACGAACCAUAGCUGAGCUGCAAGUAAUAACAUCUAUCUGACACUCCCCUACUUUUACUGCCUCAUUUUAGACCUUUGACGGGGGCGCGAAAAUAAUAAAAUGAAGAUGUAUUGAGCACCUAGUACAUGCGAGGCACUGUAGCCAGUGCUUUAUCUAUGCGUUAUAUCAUAAAAGAAACCCUCUGAAAGAGUUGCUUAAUACGACCUACAUCUCCUAGGAUGAGGAAGUCAAAGCUCCAAGGGGUCACAAUUUAACCAGAAUCUGUGGCCUUAACCACUUUUAACCUCAAGUUAUUAGGGCAUGCUUUUGGCACUGUUUGUAUGUUGUGCUGAGACCUUCCCAUAGAGUGCACCAAAGCCGUGGCCUCCCCCAUGGAAGGUCCCAGGUCAAGAGUGACCCCUUUUCAGGAGGCGAGCAUCAUGCCCCUACAACCGCGACCACACACGCAGUGUGGCUCCUGCCACCAACCUUUGUCUCACCCCCAGCCUUCCUCUUGCUGAACCCGUGGCUUUGUCUUGGCUCUUGCCUGCUCCCGCUCAUGCUCCUUCCCCCCCCCCCCCAUCUUCACCUCCCUUUCUCCAGGGGACGGUGGUCUCCACCUGCCGUGACUGAGUGACCGCCAGCGUCAGGCUGCUCUCCCCCCUCGUCUGGACACCACACAGGGCGGUGGGAGAGACUCUGUUGGUGUGUGUGCAUCAUCCUGGCUGCAGCCUCUGGGUUUUUCUGUACUUCCAGGUUGUGUGUACUUGGUGGCAUGGGCCAGCCCAGGGAGGGAGAGAUGGGGGAGGUCUCUGUCUGCUUUGCACCGAGUGAGGUGAGAACAGGAGGAGUGGGAAGAGAUCAACCAGGGCAUGGCGGGCUAAGGAUCUCUUCGAAUAAGUAUAGAUCCGGCAGGGUUUUUCGUUUUUGUUUAUUUCCACUCAGAUGUAAGCUCUCUUCCCAUUCUAAACUGUUGCAUACAGUCACAUGCAGCACCCGCCCCCCCCCCAACUUUCACACAUACACCCACACUCCACCAAUGAUUGCGGUUUCCUUUGUGAGAAUGUGUGCGUGUGCACGCACAUACCUGCACACACUGUGAUCGCAUUCCCCCCUGCUAGAUUCUGCCCCUCAGAAAUCAACGUCAUUAAGCCCUCUAAUGAUGUGAGCUGGGGACCAUGAAGGGGAGAGGCAGCUACUUUCCGGCUGUAGGCAAAGAUCUGUACUUUUUCAGGGUUUGGCUUUUUAUGCUCCAUAUCCUGACCAUUGCGCUUCUGGAGAGUCUCUUUGAAGAGCAAAACAGACGUGCCACAGGGACGCCUGGCUGGCUCAGUGGGUAGAGCAUGUGACUCUUGAUCUCAGGGUUGUGAGUUCAAACCAGAGCUUAUGAAAAAAAAAAAAAACUAACCCCCCCAACCGCAAAACAGUCAUGCGGUACUAGUUGGUGGGUCACGUGACCUGGGUUCUCUUUUCCGCAGGGACAGCUAGUAGCUGUUUCGUCUGAGGACUCAGGGAACUGGGAGGAAGGAACUUGGAAGGAAUGCUCUUCUGCAUCCAUGAUGUUGGGUCCAAAGUCUAGAUGGGCAUCAUCUCUGAACAAGUAACGCUUGCGUAAGAUGGAGCGCUGAGGGGCACUGCGGCCAGGAAGCCCAGUAACAUCCAAGCCAUGUGGCUCCACAUGGUCUUGCAGUGAUGGCGUCUGAGUGGCCAACAGUCCAAGUGUCCUCAAGCCCUGAAACUCCCCACUU